CCACAGUCGCAUUCUGUUUCAAUCAUUCCGCUGCUGUAGUUGGGCGAAAAAAAAGUGCUGUGCAUAAAAAUUGAGUGGACUGUUUAAUGUGCAGAACUAUAUCAUGAAAUUAAAAUGAGACAGAGUCUCCAUCAAAUAAUUCGACCAGUCUUGGCCCUCGUAAUCCUCAUGGCACUGCUCUCUGGCACCGUGGGAGUCCGAAAGUCCAGAGUAUCGAGAAGACUCGAGGCGUGCUGCUACUACGUGGUCCACGGUCAAUACCCCGACUACAUCACCUACUACACCCCAGAGGAGUUGGAUCAGUACAAAUUGUGGAACGAGAGCGACGAGGACAUUCUAAAUGUGUGCAAUCUCGAUGAGAAUGGGGAUAUUCAAAUAUCUCGUCCUUUUGGAACUGAGAAUCAUGAGGAGAAUGCGGCAAAUGACGCCACGACGCCAGGAGCGGAGCAACCAUCUCACGAAAUUGAUGAAAAGUCGCAAGUUUAUGUGAAAAAUAGCACCCCGAAUCACGUCACACUGAAGCCAAAUAUUGUGCCGGAAGAAUCCCAUAAAAUGGGAAGUGUGGAAAGUUGCAAAUUGGUCAAACAAGUCACCUUCUCGGUAAACUUCUACGUAAGCGUAAAUCCUCACACAGGAAGUAUCGAAAUUAUGCACGUAAAGAGUGACAUGAAAAGGUAAACUUCAAUCUCAACACUAAUGGAAGAGGAAGAGGAGGAGGAGCAGGAGCAGGAGUCAGGAUGAAAAACUCUAAAGCGUCCAAUACAUCAAAGAGCCGCCGGCGGGUGUCGCAGAAGAGCGAGUAACGAACACGGCGGGGCAUUAAAAAUUCAAAUAUUACAUAAGAAAAUCAGAAAAUUGACAUAAUUUGUGGCACAACUUAAAUAUGUAUAGAAAAGGGAAUAUAAUGGAGUGGAAAUUGUAAUUGAAUGCUAUAUAGGUUUGAGCAAUAAAUCAUUUUUCUGAUGACAGAGAGA